GUGGUUGGUUCAUCAUCUCUCCUUGUCAACUUCAGAAGCCUCCCUCACAUGACAUGAUCACCAAAUACAAUUAUUAUAGUAGUAGAGAUUAAGCAAACCUCUACCAGUAAACAACUGCGCCAUGCAUGAGGCUUGUUGAUCCUUGUCUAGUUUAAUUUUUCUCAAGUCUCCUCCUCCUCCUCUGAGGUCCAACUCUGCCCAAGCUCAUUGCCGGUGAGGAGGGGAGGGGAAGCCGAAAGCAAGCACAUGGCCGGCUUUGCUGCCGUGCUCGCCGUCCUGACGGUGGCAGCGGUCGUCGGCUCGGCGUCAGCACGGUUCGUGGUGGAGAAGAGCGCCGUGAAGGUGAUCAGGCCGGAGCACAUAAAGGGGCGGCAUGACGCGGCGCUCGCCAACUUCGGUGUGCCAAACUACGGCGGGACGAUGGUCGGCGUGGUGAAGUACCAGGUGAACUCCACGGCCUGCAACGCUUUCGACGGCGAGCCCUUCAAGACGGGGGCCAGUAGGCGCCCUGCCAUCCUUCUAGUUGACCGAGGAGAUUGUUACUUUGCUUUGAAGGCAUGGAACGCACAGCAAGCUGGCGCAGCUGCAGUUCUGGUCGCUGACAACAUCGACGAGCCCCUCCUCACCAUGGACAACCCUGAGGAAAGCCAAAACACGGAUUACGUCGACAAGAUCAACAUCCCUGCCGCCCUCAUCAACCGCGAGUUCGGGGCGGCCCUCAAGAAGGCCUUGGCGAAGAGGGACGAGCUGGUGAUCAUAAAGUUGGAUUGGAGGGAGUCGAUGCCUCACCCCGACGAGCGGGUGGAGUACGAGUUCUGGACCAACAGCAACGACGAGUGCGGCCCUCGGUGCGACGACCAGAUGAGCUUCGUCAAGAACUUCAAGGGCCACGCGCAGCUGCUUGAGAGGGGAGGCUUCGCUCAGUUCACGCCGCGCUACAUCACCUGGUUCUGCCCUGAUGCCUACUUACUCAGCAAACAAUGCAAAGCUCAGUGCAUCAACAAGGGGAGAUACUGCGCACCUGAUCCCGAGCAGGACUUCAGCGAGGGGUACGAUGGCAAGGAUGUGGUGAUCGAGAACUUGAGGCAGCUCUGCGUUCACAGAGUUGGGAAUGAGACCGGGAGGCCCUGGGUCUGGUGGGAUUUUGUUACUGAUUUCCAUGUCAGGUGCUCCAUGAAGAACAAGAGCUAUAGCAGAGAUUGCGCAGAAGAGGUCGUCAAGUCCCUCGGUUUGCCCCUGGACAAGGUUAACAGAUGCAUGGGUGAUCCAGAAGCAGAUGCUGAAAAUGAUGUCCUAAAGAUAGAGCAGGAAAUACAGAUUGGCCAUGGUUCUCGUGGAGAUGUAACUAUUUUACCCACCUUGGUCAUAAAUAAUAUUCAAUAUCGAGGGAAACUAGAGAGCAAGACUGUUCUCAAAGCUAUAUGUGCAGGAUUCAAGGAAGCUACGGAGCCUCCUGUAUGCCUAAAUCAAGAUAUGGAGACAAAUGAGUGCCUUAGAUCGAACGGUGGAUGUUGGCAGGAUCCAAAGUCAAAUAUCACAGCCUGCAAGGAUACCUUCAGAGGUAGACUGUGUGUGUGUCCUGUCGUGAAUAAUGUAAAGUAUGAAGGAGAUGGCUACAUAGCUUGCAAAGCGGUAGGACCAGGAAGAUGUGCAAUGGACAAUGGAGGUUGCUGGACUGAGACAAAAGACAAACAAACAUACUCUGCUUGCUUGGACUCAGAGUUGACUGGUUGCCGCUGUCCUAAUGGAUUCUAUGGAGAUGGUUAUAAAUGUGAAGAUAUUGAUGAAUGUAAGGAGAAACUUGCUUGCAACUGCCCUGAGUGCCAGUGUAAGAACAAAUGGGGUGGAUAUGACUGCAAAUGCAAGGGUGACCUAGUGUACAUAAAGGGGGAGGAUACAUGCAUAGCUAAGAGUAACAAUGCAUCAAAAUUUGGAUGGAUCUUGUCAAUCAUAGUAAUUUCAUGUGUGGCUGGUGCUGGACUAGCAGGAUAUAUAUUCUACAAAUACAGACUCAGGACUUACAUGGACUCUGAGAUAAUGGCUAUUAUGUCACAAUACAUGCCGCUUGAUAGCCACAACAACGAGAUCCAAUCUUUACGACAAGAAUCAACUGCAUUAUAAGGAGCAAUUUAGGUGUAUAUUCAAUAUACCGACAUUGAGAAUUCAUGGAGAGAUUUUAUUGAGUCCACAGAUUUUCGAGUUACUAGGUCAUGUUUGGUAUCAAUUUCAGAAUAAUUACUCAUCAUACAUUAUGAAAGAUACGUCCACCAGCCACCAUUUUUUGUUGGCAUGUAAGAUAAACUUUGUGGAUCUGUUUUUUUGGUCUCCUUUAAUCCAUAGCAAAACGGUCCUUUUGGAAGAUCAAAA